AUGACGCGUACAGAAGAGACUCUUCCCGACGCCGCCGCUGCUGACAUCAAUGCCUUCGUCAACGCCGAAACGCGAGGAAAAAUACCAAAGCUUAUAGAACCCUCCUUUGUUAAAGACGCUAAAAUGUUCUUAACUAACGCCGUCUACUUCAAAGGCUUUUGGAAAUACCCGUUCAAGCCUCAAAGGACCCACAAGGACAAGUUUUUCGUAACCCCGGAAGAGUCUGUCCAAGUGGAUAUGAUGACGCAAACGGGAAGGUUCAAAUAUGUGGACUCGGAGAAGCUUCACGCCCAGGUGCUGGAGAUGCCCUACAGGGGUGACGCCAUGUCCAUGGUGGUGCUCCUCCCGCGAAGUGAGAGAGCCAAGGAGGUGGACAGGCUUGUCCAACGCCUGAAGCCCAAGGUACUCGCGUCCGAGUUGAAGGCGAUGCCCUCCGUCUCGCUGAGAGUCAAGUUUCCUAAGUUCAGCGUGGAGAGUACUCUCGGGAAUGAACUCAUUUCGACUCUAGGGAAAAUGGGAAUCCGUGACCUUUUCUCCUCCACCGCCGAUCUGACCAACUUCGCACCUAACGGAGGACUACAUGUGAAUGGAGGGAUGCACAAGGCCCUUAUAGAGGUGGACGAAGAAGGCGCAGAGGCGGCAGCGGCGACGGCGCUCUUUAUGUAUGUGUCUCGUCCAAGGCCUCCAAAGACGACGUUCACGUGCAACCGGCCCUUCGUUUUCUACAUUCAAGAUAACGAGGCGAACAACAUCCUGUUCAUGGGGUUUAUAGGGGUCCUUGAGGGUCCUCUGCUGGACCUUGUUAUCAUUACGAUGAAAUGUCGGCUCUCGCGGUCUCUCUGCGAUGUAUAUCAGCGUGAGUCCCAGCCGCCUCUCAGUAGUAGGUGA